AUGGUCAAAGCGGCCAGGUCCUACCAAUGCCAUCGGUGCUCACGAUCAUUUGCGCGACUCGAGCAUUUGCAGCGUCAUGAUCGAUCGCACACCAAGGAGAAGCCUUUCGUGUGCGACAAAUGCCCCAAGUCAUUCACCCGCAAGGAUCUUCUGGCACGCCAUGAGCGUCUAUCCCACAGUUCCCCUUCAGCGGAUGCGGGCCGCGGGUCGACAUCCUCGCCCGCUUCUCGGCCGAUAUUUGACGGGCUGAAUAUGCUCGCGUCGGCUGUGACAGAGAGCCAAGUGCCAACACCUGCAGAAGAGAGCCCGCAAUUUCUACCGGGAAAUACGACAUUUGGUCCCGAUAUGUCAGGGGUUUCUCAGACUACCUCGAACCAGACGCCCGCAACCGCCCCGUCGGAAGGAACCACGUUUACUGAAUCCUUUGGGGGGUUUGGAGCACCGGCGCCGUACGAUGGAGAUGAUUUCACCUCUUUCCUGGACAGUAUUCCUCUCCCAAGCCACCCGUACUCCCCGACUUAUCAGCCCUUGCCUUUGUUCCCGGCAUUUCAGUUCGAUUCGACGCCUGUCUACGAGCAGUCCUCGGAAAGAGACAAGGACGCUGCAAGUGUGGCGACGCCGUCGAGCUCUGUGCUUCCCCGACAUGGCACUCAGCUGCCCUCACUGCAACCGGAGGAAUCGCAUACUCCGUACAAAGCACGACAGCCGAGGAGCUCCAUCUCCGUAACGACACAGUGUCGCGAGCGCAUAGUAGCGUUGAUGGUUGACUACUCCAAUGUCAUGCCAAACCCCUUCAUCCCCUCACGACAUGCCUUGUCCCGGUGUCUUACCGGCUACUUGGCUGGAUAUCAUGACCAUUAUCCGAUUAAGCAUAUUCCAACUUUCAACGUGGAAGAAAUAUCCCUACCGCUAUUCCUAUCGAUGGCGGCACUCGGUGCACAGUAUUGUCGGGAGCCCGACACGAGCAUGAGGCUGUACCUCGUUGCUAAAGCAGUGACCAUGGAGCAUAUUCGCAGAGAAUUCCAAUGGAUCGUACCAAAGCCGCCUUCUAACCCAACCAUCUCCGAAGACCAGGACCAUCUCGAGACUAUCCAAGCAUUGUUGAUGCUGACCUCGAUCUCAUCCUGGUCUGAGCGCAACCCGUCGUAUUCCGAGGGUCUCUAUAUACGAGGGGUCAUGGAAACCCUCCUUCGACAAGGUGGGCUAAAUGACCUGCCGAUCCAAGACGGGACAUGGCACAGCUGGAUUCGCAUGGAGGAGCGAAAGCGCACCAAGCUCGUCGUUUUCUGCUUCCUGAAUAUCCACACCAUCGUGUUCGACGUGCCGCCACUCGUCCUGACUGAAGAGAUUACAUUCGACCUACCGUGCACCGAGAAAGAAUGGCAAGCCACCACAUCCUACCAAUGGAUGGAAGAGCGAGGCCAAGUCAAGACGGAAACUAAAUUCCAAGACGCCCUAUCCUCCCUGUUCACACAUUCUCCGGGAUCCAAAGACCGACUAGAAAGCUUCUCCUCGAUGGGCGGAUACGUCUUAAUCCACGCCAUCAUCCAAAACAUCUGGCUCAUCCAAAAAGCCAACCGACUCCCAGACACCAAAACCAGCUCCUUAUCCCCGGCCCAAAUCACAUCUCAAGAACAAGCGCUAGAGCAUUGGUGCCAAUGCUGGGAACACAACCAAGAAUCAUCCAUCGACCCGUUCAACCCCCACGGACCCUUGUCAUUCACAUCCACCGCUCUCCUCCGCUUAGCCUACAUCCGCCUGAACGCGGAUUUCAGCUCCGCGCGUCGCUUCCAGACUUGGAACCCGAAUGAAAUCGCCCGCUCCCUUAAGACAAACCUAAACGUGGAACGCAGCGACCGACUCACGCGCGCCGCAUUACAUUGCGCACACGCACUCAGCACACCUAUCAAGCUGGGAAUCAACUUCGUGGCACACACGCAAGUAGUGUCCUGGUCAAAUCAGUACGCGUUAUGCUCCCUAGAAUGCGCAGUGCUACUAGCGAAAUGGUUAGAAGUCGCCACGGUCCCCAAUCCCCAACCCAGCCUGACGGAGCAAGAAACCAAACUCUUAGAAUUCGUGAUCGAGAUGGUCAUGGAGGCCCGUCACGGCGUAUCUCGAGACUGGCUUCUGGCAAAUAACACCCGACUGAGCGCGGUGGUUACUCGACUGUGGGCUCGGCUCUUCACGGCCGACUAUAUUUGGGAACUGGUCAAUUUGAUCGGACGGUCUUUGAACCAAUAUGCUGAAAUAUUGGAGAGCCCCGAAUAG